AUAUAUACACCUUUACCACUUAUUCAUUUUAGGUCAUGACUAUGAACAUGAAGCAAAUGUUAGUGCCAAAUGUGAAUUUGAAUUCUGGUCAUGAAAUGCCUCUUAUAGGGAUGGGAACAGCACCUUCCUUACCACAACAUGAUGAAUUAGUGUCAACACUCAUAGAUGCCAUUGAAAUUGGUUAUCGUCACUUUGACACAGCCGCUGUCUAUGGCUCCGAGGAAGCACUUGGCCAAGCAGUGGGGGAAACGCUACAACGCGGACUCAUUAAGAGUCGUGAACAAGUGUUUAUUACGUCUAAAUUAUGGUGCACGGAAACUCAUCGUGACCUUGUUCUUCCUGUCUUAAAAAGAACUCUUGGGAGGCUGAAGAUGGAUUACUUGGAUUUAUACCUAAUACAUUUGCCAGUGACAAUGAAGAAGAAGGUAAUAAGUUUAUUCUUCUACUUACUUUUUGUGUUUGGUAAAUAA